CUCGCUUUUCGGGCGGGGAGAGAAACGGGGUCGGCACGGGUCGGGGGGUGCCGCGGGAGACCCGGCCCAGCCGCAGGGAGCCCCUUGGAACCCGCUCUCCCACUUCGCGCCGGCUCCUUUUCUGCCGGGAGCGCGGCUCGGGAGCGUCGCGGCCCCGCCGAGCGCUCCCGGCGCGGCCACGUGGAGGCCCUGGGAGAGUGGAAGGUGCCGGCCCUCUCUUCCCGCUUGGCUCGGGGGCCGCGGGGAAUCGCGGGCUCUGCGGGGAGGGAUCUGCCCUGCGGGACCCGCGGGGAACGCUCGUAGUGCUUGGCUAUAUUUGGGGGCAGUAGGGUGGCUGUGGAUAGUGAACGGGCCACGCGAGUAAACCUUGCUGGGCUCGGAGUUCCGAGUGCGCGUUAACAACUGGGGGAAAAACACUCGGGCUGUAACCUGCACAUACCUUAAGGGUGAGAGAUGUAGGGUCAGGAGGCUUUUGUGACUGACUGUAAGGGGACAGAAAUGAGGGGCGAAAACAACUGAUUUCCUGUUCUCAACCACUACAACUGCUUACGCUGCAUCCUUUGGAAACAUACACCUAACGCUGCAACUUUGGAAUAAAAUCACUCUUCAAAAUCUUCACUUAUCCUUGUCGUUUUUGGGGCCCUCUGUAGUAGCUCAUGCCUGCUAGCUUCAGCUCUUUAUCUGAGCAAGUUUCUGACCAGAGUUAGAAAAAACUCUGGUUUCUAACACUCUAAACAAUGUAUGUCUGUAAGUAGCAAUCGUAAUGGGGGUUUUUAUUAAGAUAGGAUCUUGAAACACUAAGGGAAUCUGUGAUAACCUCAAGUCUGAGAAAUGCACACUGGAAGGCCUCGUUAGUUUUCAGACGAUCAGAAGCAAUUGUCACCUGCUUAACAAAAGUAAUGCCUGGUUCGUGCCAACUGGAAACAGAGAUGAAGGUACACAUGCACACAAAAUUUUGCAUCAUUUGUUUGCUGACAUUUAUCUUUCAUCAGUGCAAUCAUUGCCAUGGAGAUGGACAUAACAAUGGUCCUAAAAAGGAUCGUGGACACUACCAUAACGACUAUCAGAUCUCAAAUGAAUCGUACUUCCAGAGUGGAGGAACAGAAUCUAUGCCGAGUAAAUUUUCAACGUUGGAAGCUGAAAAUGAGCAAAAAUACUACAUUGAAAAGAUUUUUGAUCGUUAUGGUGAAAAUGGAAGAUUAUCUUUUUUUGGCCUGGAAAAACUGUUAAUAAGCCUUGGUUUAGGAGAGGUAAAAGUAGUGAUGAUAAAUCAUGAUGAUAUUGGCCAUGAUCAUGUUUCUCACUUAUAUGCUUUAGAAGUACAGGAAGGAAAACAUUUUCACUCUCAUAACCAUCCUCACAGCCACUCAGAUUCAGAAAACCAAACCAUGAUUGGUAUGUCUGCAAAGAGAAGUCAUAAAUGUGAUGCUGAGAGAGACACAGUGGUGCCAUCAGUAAAAGAUGAUGGCAAACAUGUUCAUGACCAAAGUCGCCGUCACCACCACCACCACUCUCGUCCACAUCGCCAUGACCAUAAUGGCACCCAUCACUCCCGUAAUGAUUCAGUUAGUCAUCGUGAGCAUGGGGAACAGAACCAUGAACCUUCAACAGAGACAAACGCAACUCAGGAUCAGCCAGAAAGAAAACAACGGAAACAGAAAAAGAAGCAGAAGAAGAUCAGCGAGACUUCGGGAGAUGCUACGUGGGAUUAUGCCCCAGAUCGUGAUCCCGGUGAUCAGUAUGAGCACAAUCGUGUCCAUAAACAUGAUCACGUACAUGAUGCAUCUCACUUGCAUGUGCACCAUCACGACCACAGCAGUGAUCGUUCUAGUAGUCAUGGACAUCAAGAUGCCAGCUUAGGUAAUGACGAUGGGCACCGAAAUACCAGCAAGCGAGAGGCACCUCACAAGCAGAUCAGUGUAAGAAAACGUGCCCUUUUAUCAACGCGUGGUCACAAGGAUCGGGAAGAGUGCUUAAAUGCUACCCAGCUGCUACGAUAUUAUGGUCUGGAAACCAGCUCUCUAAUAUCUCCUGAAUUGUUCGUGUACAUAUGUCCUGCUUUGCUAUACCAGAUUGAGAGAAGGCUUUGUAUUGCACAUUAUGAUGAGUUUGAAGACAUUAUGAAAAGUAAAAAUGCGUCAAUUGAGAAUAAAGAUAAAACAGGUGCAUCAGCCUGGUUUUGUGGUAUCAUCUCUAUCACCGUCAUUAGCCUGCUUUCCUUGCUAGGGGUGAUCUUGGUUCCCAUCAUUAACCAAUGGUGCUUCAAAUUUCUUCUAACUUUCCUGGUAGCUCUGGCAGUAGGAACAAUGAGUGGAGAUGCACUGCUCCAUCUAUUGCCACAUUCACAUGGAGGUCACAACCACAGUCACCACCAUGGCCAAGGUCAUGUCCAUGAACACAAGCGUUCCCAUCGACAUGGCCACGGACAUGGAGUGCGGACCGAAGGCUUCCUGGAAGAAAAUGAUCCAGUGCUGAAAGGUCUUGUGGCACUUGGAGGCAUUUAUGUUUUGUUCAUCAUUGAACACUGUAUAAGAAUGUACAAACAUUACAAUAAACAAAAGAGUAAGCAGAAAUGGUGCAAAAAAAACCAGACUGAAGAAUCACCAAUUGGAAGGAAGCUUUCUGAUCACAAAUUAAAUAAUAGACCAGAUGCUGACUGGCUUCAGCUGAAACCCCUUGCAGGAGCAGACGACUCGGUUUUAUCUGAAGAUCGACUGAAUGAAACUGAACUAACUGAUCUGGAUGGGCAGCUGGAAUCCCCUCCCAAAAACUUCUUGUCUGUAGAAGAGGACAACAACAUGCGCCAUUCCCACAACGACGUCUCACAUGCUGCUCAAGAGCAUGACCUUCAUGACUCAGAGUAUGACAGCCACGGAGAAGAUAAAAUGAUAGCUAGAAAACACAGUCACCACUGGCAUCACAAACAUUCCCAUCAUUCCCAUGGCCACUGUCAUUCUGGAAAAGACCUGAAAGAUACUGGGAUAGCUAAUAUUGCUUGGAUGGUAAUUAUGGGAGAUGGCAUUCACAACUUUAGUGAUGGCUUAGCAAUCGGAGCAGCUUUUAGUGCUGGACUGACAGGAGGAAUUAGUACAUCUAUAGCAGUAUUUUGUCACGAGCUUCCCCAUGAAUUAGGUGACUUUGCUGUGCUCCUCAAAGCAGGUAUGACAGUAAAGCAGGCCAUUGUGUACAACCUGCUGUCAGCUAUGAUGGCGUACAUCGGGAUGCUGAUCGGCACGGCCGUGGGGCAGUACGCCAACAACAUCACCCUCUGGAUCUUUGCCGUCACUGCUGGCAUGUUCCUCUACGUGGCCUUGGUGGACAUGCUUCCAGAAAUGCUUCAUGGAGAUGGAGAUAAUGAAGAGCAUGGCUACUGUCCCGUGGGGCAGUUUGUUCUUCAGAAUCUAGGCCUGCUUCUUGGAUUUGCCAUCAUGCUGGUGAUUGCCCUCUAUGAAGACAAAAUUGUGCUUGACAUCCAGUUUUGACCUAAUUCUGGUAAUCACUGUGGUUACAAUAACGUUGCUGUAUGGCUUUGAGUCUGCACUGUUUCGCUGUAUGCACAUUGCUCGGAGGAAGCGCGGUGGCUCGCACUACUUACACAAGUACAGGACGUUCAUUUCUGCCCAGAUUAACUAAUGCUUUUUUCUAAUUCAAAUCAGAUGAGGUCACCCAAUGCAACUUCUAAACUCGAGCGAUCAACACCUAGGAAACACAAAAUAUGAGAAAUAAAGGCCAAGUUCAGUGUAAUAUAAUAGCAAGCACUGCUUGUUUAAGAAAGAAAAAGUACAAUGAAUGAUCUUCUUGUUUGGGAAAAUACCAUUUCAUUGGUACACCUGGACAGAACCCAGAAGAUGUUGCAGCUAAAACUCAAACCUCUGCAAGGAACCCGAGCAAGCUUUUAGUGCCACCUAAGUCCUGAGUAGUGCGUAUAUGUAUCUAUAUAUGUAUAGAUCUAUGUAGAUAUAUACAGAUAUGCAUACAUAUGUAUGUGUGUGUGCGUGUGUGUAUAUAUAUAUAUUAAUUCUGUGCUGAUUUUUCUGCAUAGUGGUGACUUGAAUUAUUAAAUCUUACAGCAGGACAUGACUGGAAACCACUAUGCCAGUUUAAAUUUUUAAAAAGAAACCCAAAGCCUAAACACUGUUUAAAUUCUUACAAGACGUGUUAAGCUCACUCCAUCGUUCCAAUCCUAUGUAAGAAGGCAGGCUGUUGCCAUGUACUCCGACUUCUGUCGAGGGUCAGUUUGAUGAUGUUUUUCCCAACUAAGAUUUAUUUGAUGUUUGUUCCUUGAUAUUAGUAGGAAAAUGCAAAAUGCAGUAGAAUUAGUGUUAGCUUGGGAAAUCCCUGAUGUUGGAGUUAUUGAGCUAUUUCUGGUUCUUUCUUACAGAUGCUAAACAUGUAUUGUGUGCCACUUGCAGCAUAAACUACUGAAGAAUUGUGGCUGUGAAUUUGUGCAAACUCUUUUAACAAAGAAUCCAUAUGGGAAUUUCUCCAUUUUUUAAAAACUGUUAUUUUUAACUAUUUUCUCCUCUUCAUGUUAAAACAAUCCAAAGUUCAAGAUGCUAGUUACUGAACCUGGGCACAAAGGCUAAAUUAUGCUCUGUGUAUGUUGUACUGGUAGGUUAUUUACAAUACUGUAAUAGCAGAUCAAAUGUGUUUCUACAAUGCCUUGUUAUCAGACAUUGCAACACCAGCCGUUUCUGGCAGUAGAGAGUAUGUAAGAAGAUUUCUACUUCCAGUAUAAAGGAGUUCAUUUCUAAGAUAUUUUUUUACAAUUUUGGUAUUUAAAUUAGAUUAUUAAAAAGCAGAUGUGGUAGAACAGUGGUAUGUGUCAUUUGGAAGAAUAGACUGAAACUUUGGGCCUUAACUUGCUGGGACCAGCUGUCCUAGAUCAGAUUGUGCUGGUAUGCGUAUAUUGCCAGACAUGAGUUAGUUCUUCUUGUACUCUUCUCCUUAAAAAAAAUUGUGAGUUUGUGAGGAGUGCAAGUUGAUUCUGUAGUACCACUCCUAAGCAUGGUAGUAGGUUUUUUUAAAACAUACCAUUUGUCUAUUUUAUGUGUAUGCCAGGUAAAAGCUGUAUUUUGACUACGUGCCGUAAGUUUUGUUUCGGUCUGCUCGGUGCCAGUGUAAGCUGCUAAGAACACUGAUCCUAACGCCUUUAAUGAGAGCCAGUUGGUAUCUUCAUUCCAUUUCAAGUUAAUGUGUUUCCUGUGGCCCUUUACUUUUGAAGCUUCAUUGGUCAGUUCAGCUUUUCCUGAGAGCAGCUCAUGUAUUUUAAAGCAAACGGUCAGUUGCCAGUAUUUCUUCCUAAUUCAGUAUCAGGAAACAGUAUUAAGGGUCCAUUUCAAAGAAGGGUGCAGUUUCUUCAGUGAAGAAGCCAAAAGCCCAGAGUUCAGGCAGCCAGCCAUUUAAUGUUCUGAACUCAGGUUUAUGUUUUUGCUCUUUAAACAUAGAAUCAUAGAGUCAACCAGGUUGGAAAGGACUGCUGAGAUCAUCAAGUCCAACCCCCUUUUUUUUUUUUUUUUUUUUUUUUUAAUCCAUUCCAUACUCCAGCAGAAAUUCAGUCCGGGUUUUCCCCCAUUCCAUACUCCUGCAGAAAUCCAGUCCGGGUUUUCCCCCAUUUCAUGCUCUAGCCAGAAAAUGUUUACUGUUGGACCCUAAUUAGCAAACUCACUGUUGCUAGCUUCAGAUUCCUGGAUUUCUGCAGUGUAAAGCUCCUGGGUGACAUUUUAGCAUAGUGCUCAUGCUUGGGCAAUGAGUACCAUUUUCAAAGAGGCUUUAACUCACUGGAUACCUUCUGAGGAUCUAAGUUUAUACAAUCUGUGUUUCUUAUGUAUUAAACUGACUUAGUUUUUCUUUUCUGUUAAUUCUGUCAAGUAUAAGGGGGUCAUUAUGCAGCUGAACUGAUGUUUUGUCAAAUCAUUUUUUUAAAGCUUAUUUCUCUUCAUUCUUUUCAAAUGAAGAUUUCUGUAUUUCAGGUAGUAUAUUUACUUUUGUAUUAGUUGGAAUAUGGGUAUAGCUUAAUACACUGCCUCUGUAGGAAAAUAGUUAACUUCCUUCCAAGACCAUCUUCAGACAAGGGAAAAAACAUGGUCACUGAAGGUAGGUACUGUAUUUUUCAUGGAAUAUAGGUUGUUUACUUUUAUUUUCUAAUAUUUAUUGCAAAUGUAACAGAGCAGUGUAACAGCUGUGACUCCUAUAUGUUUCCGCCAGUAUUGAAUUCCAAAAGAUCCUAAUGUACUCUUGUGUUACAGACAAUCUGAAUUCCACUACAUUUCUACUUGGUUUCAACAUUCCAUUUUGCUUGAAUCCAGAGUCUCAUUUAACUUGUAUUUGUUGGAGGGCAUAAAUGUUACUUGUAUAUUACAAUGCUGUCACUGUGUGACAUCCCAUUUGAAUUUUGAUGUAAAUCACAUUGCACUCAAUCCGCUGUGAUUAUGCUUAGAAAAUGUUGUAGUUGCUAGAUGCAGUGUGAUUUUUUUUUUAUUAUUUUUUUUUAUUUUUCUUUCCUCUCCCCGUUAACAAUUGAGUCUAUGGUUUAAAAUGUGAUUAUGGUCCAAUAAGAUAACUUGCUGAGCUAUUGGUCUUUUUGUUAUAACUAGAUCAUUUUUUAAGAUUUUAUAAAGCUGGAAAUGAUCAAAUGCUGUUUUGUUCAUUGUCAACAGUGUUGUGUUCAUUUUAUGUAUGUUCCUUAUACGUAAGGAGCCCUCAGAAAAUAAAAGCUAUUCAAGGAGCAGA